AGUGAUGAGAGAGGUCUUAACUUCCGGAGUCAGUCACUGAACAAGGCAGUCCGUGAGUCUUCGCCACGGGUCUUUCCCUACACGUCUAUACACGAUCCGUCUUCCUCCGCCGCGACACGCGUAAAAUGUUAUUUUCAUUCAAACAAUUCAAUAAAUCACUGCGCUGGUUUAACUUUGAGAAAUGGCGCGCGCUCUGAAGUAUCGCGAGUUUUGGCUCGUCGGCGUGAAUCGGCCGUCGCUGCCAACUCCGGAAACAAACGCUUUGCUUUAGCGAACUGUUGAACCGGCACGAAUUAAACCACAAACUGGCUUUUACUCUGUGUCGCUUUAACUUCAUGUUAGCUACAGUAUGACGUCGGUGUUCGGGUAACUAGUUGCUUCGAGGUCCCGUUUACACUCUAGUAACGUUAGCUCGCUCGCUAGCUAGUCGUCGUUAGCCGCCGGCAGUUGUUUGAAACCUAUCGGCGUCUAGCCAGAAAAAAAAAAAAAAAGCAAUGUCCGCGGAGCAACGGACAAGCUGGAUGCUGACUGGCGCUACGGUCGCCUGUGUCACCGCUCUGUAUGUGCCCUGUGUCCAAAGGACCGUCCCCGGUGGAGACUCAGGAGAGCUGAUCACCACUGCUUGCGAGCUGGGGGUGGCUCAUCCUCCAGGAUACCCUCUCUUCACCUUACUAGCUCGCCUGGCCAUGUUUCUCCUGCCAUCGCUCUCUCCCGCUCACAGCGUCAACCUGAUGUGUAGUCUGCUGGAGGCUGCAGCGUGUGGUGCCCUCUGCAUUACUGUCUGCAGGCUAACAGGUCCAGGCCCCGGAGCAGUACUUGCUGGAGGGCUGUUUGCUGUGUCCAGGCUGAGCUGGCAGUGGUCCACGGUGGCAGAGGUCUUCACCCUCAACAACCUUUUUGUCGGCCUGCUCUUCUUCUCUGUCGCCACCUUCCACUGUGCUCAAAAUGCAGAGCAACGGAGGAAGAUUGCACAUUGGGGGGCGCUAUGCUGCGGCCUGGGACUCUGUAACCAACACACCCUGGUGCUGUACAUACUGGUCGUCAUUCCCUGGGUCCUUCACCGCCUCUACUCUCACAAGGAGCUGUCACUGUGUGGCCUUGUAUCUCUGGGAGUUUGUUUCUUCGCUGGCUUUUUGCCGUACAUCUACCUGCCCGUCUCCUCCUACCUCAACACAGCCCGCUGGAGCUGGGGGGAUCAGACCACUCUGUCAGGCCUGCUGACCCACUUGCUAAGGGCUGAAUAUGGCACCUUCAGUCUGGCGAAGACUGAGAGCUCUGUGAACUUGACCACUAUGCUACAGGCCCACAUGGACCACUGUCUUGCAGACCUUUCCUUUCCUACUUUGGUGCUGGCAGGAGCAGGCUUGCUCCUCUCCGCGCAGGACAGGACGUGUCGCUCAGUGUCCUGGCUGUUGACUGCCAUGUUGGUGGUCUACUCGCUGUUCUUCGCUUGGCGAGCCAACCUGGACAUCAGCAGACCCCUACUGCUCGGAGUGGUUGAGCGUUUCUGGCUACAGAGUGACGCUGCAGUGUGUGUGCUGGCAGGCCUCGGCUUGAGGCAGACUCACACUGAGCUGGAGAGGAGGCUGGGCUUUGGGAGGGUGUGGAAGACCACCAGCUGGGUCCUCACUGUAGCUCUGCUGGCACAAAUGGUGCACACCAAUCACAGGGAGUGUGACCAGAGCGGUAACGGUGUGGUGGAGCGGUUCGGCAGGGAGCUUCUGGGCUCCAUCCCGAAGGACUCGAUCAUCCUGACUAGAGGAGAUCUGCCUGGAAACUCCCUGCGCUACUUACACUACUGCCAGGGUGUACGGCCAGAUGUUCGCCUGGUUGACCAGGAGAUGAUGACAUACUCUUGGUAUGUGGCCAAGCUGUGGCAGCACCACCCUGGGGUCCACUUCCCCGGGCGCUGGUGGGACCCGGUCCACCCUGAGGAGAAAGACACCUUCAGUCUGGAGCAGUUUCUGUCCCACAACACGCAGAGGGAUGUCUUUGCCUGCAUUGGGCUGCCUGAGGGAGACCCAAGCUGGGAGCAUAGCUUCUCUCGCUGGCCCAUGGGAGUGUGUGACUAUUUGGUGCCAAUUCAGAGGCAGUUUCACCCUGAAGAAUGGGCACGUCGCACUCGCAGCCUCUACAACUGGAGUGAUCCACACAACAGUUUCCAUCCUGCAUCCUGGGAGCGUGUGGCUAAUGAGGAGAUGUGGCAAGCCAGGAUGAAGACGGCUUUCUUUCUGUUUGACCUGGCAGAAAGAAUGCAGGGAGAGGGGAAAGCUCGCCUCUUUGAGCUGUCUUACACUCUGUAUAAGGAGAUUGUGGAGGCCCACGCUGACUACCCACCUAACUGGGACAAGAACUUGGCACUGGCCUGUGAGCGGUUGCUCCGCUCAGGUCACCGGGGCUACAGUGCAGACAGCCUGCUGACCCGCAGUACACAGCACUUCAGUCUCUACUUGGAGAAGGAACCCACGGAUCCCCAGGCUCCCGCCAUUCGCACAGCCAUUACUCACCUGCUCAGAGAGAGAGACCAGCUCCGCCAGAGCCGGAGGCAAACCCCAUGAGGAGAUCCAGGGAGACCUACGUGGAGCUGGCACACCGAGAGUGUGCCAUGAGCCCAGGCAAAGUGUGAGGCGAUGGGGAUGGAGUCUGAACCAAUGUGCCUCUUCUCAUGGUAAUAAAGUGAUGCUCCAGAAGGACACACACUGAUGCAGUGCUGUGGGCUUGGCCAAAUUGGACAAAAAAUUUAGGAAUUGGAGUCGGGAGUGCUGAUGCAGAAGUGCUGGUCUAGUUAUCUAAUUUGAGUUCUAGUUACAGAACUCAGCACAAAGGAUGGAGUGAAAAGGACUGAGCCGUGCUUCAUUUAAUGAAUGUUUACAGUUGACUAGGGACAGAGCUUGACUCCAGGAAGCCUUGACUGACCCCAAUCAAGCUGUGCGUGCUCCCCCUAAACUCACCAUUCGAUUGCUUUAUCGUUACAUCUCGUUUUCUUUUUUCUUCUCCUCUGCUGAUUAUUUUUUGCCUCAGCCGCUGCUCUACUUCUCUUUUUCUCACAUUAGGAUGGAAAGGCCAAGAUUGAGGGAAACCCAAUUUGGGGGCAGGAACUGAGGAUUAGAGUCAUCAUUUAAUCUCGGACAGACUUGCCACAGAGUCCUCACUGCGAACUAAAGACACUUCCCACCCUAAACCCACCCACCCUUCAAUCAUCCAUCAGUCUAUCUUAGAUGGUCCUUGAAAUGUUUUAUAACUAAUGGAUUCGAUGAGUGUUAUUUUUCUCUCUCUUCCUUCCUAACCAGAGGGCUAUAAUCCCUUGUGGAUUUAAAUGAAAUGUCACAAUGCCAGGGACCCUUUUAGAGGUGUGUGUGUGUGGGUGUGGGUGUGUGUGUGUGUGUGUGUGAAAACAUGCUUAAAUCUCCACCCAAGCCCUUUUCCUGCCAGAACUGCAUUUAAACAUAGUCGAUAAACAGAUCGGCACACUAAAAAGCAAAGUGCUUUCAUCAUCAUAGAAGAACAAAGUCAUGGAAACUACGGGGACACACAUGGACACGCAAAGACUGUCAGCUCCCUGGAAAAUUGACUUUCUGACCCGUGAAUACUGGGAAGACUGUGGCACAAAAAAACUCCACAAAUGGACCAGAGUCACUUGUCUCUGGCCUGUACUCGGAAUCACAAAUCCCGUGAAUAUUGGUGCUGAUGCUAAUGAGCCUUGUGGUGUGAAAUGUGUUAAGCAGAGGUCAACCUGGUGUGUUGCUAUAAGCUAUAUAAAACGGUGCCGAAGGAAACCUGCUGAUUGAGAUACCACUAGAAAGCAAAGGACAGUAAGUGUAUGUGUAGUUUUCUCCGAAUCUAAUAUGUCCUGUUCUGUUUGCAGGCCUGGUUGGCAGCUGUCAGCUGGCUGGAUGAUGAGUUUCAACCUUCUACAGCACAGAUGGUUUGGUUUCUCAUAAAUAAAGGGGAAAACUCUGCCUUCUACAGAUUAAAAUAUUCCAAUAAAGACAUUUUUAUUUUAA